GAACAAUUGCUGUAGCCUUGUAUUUAGCAAACGAGCGCCUACUCGAUCUGUUUGAAAGAAGACUCUGAUCUUUCCGGUGGUGCUAACUCUGUUCGUUUCUGAUCUGUUUCAGGAGUUGCCUUAGCUUUACGUUUGUACAGUUGAAAUAUAAGGUAUGUCGCUGAAAAUCAUGUCUGUAAUGGCCCUCGUACUGGGUUUGUCCUCUGUUGCCCAAGUGGUCGCUAAACCAGUAGAUAAACGAUCUUCCUUGUGUAGCUCUGGAGAUCUCUUGUGCUCGAGGAACAUGGCGUCUGACGCCGUUGAGACGUCUCCUCUUGGAGUCGAGGAUGAAGGAACCAAAGAAGAGAAUUGUCCACCAGGAUAUUGGUGUCGCAGAAGUGAGUUGGUUAGGGAUGAAGAAACUCAUGAAGAAAAUUGUCCACCGGGCUAUUGGUGCCGAAGAAGUAUGAUACCAAGGAAUGAAGAUACUCAACAAAAAGAUUGCCCACCAGGCGAUUUAGAGUGCCGAAGAAGUGAGCUGGUUAGGGAUGAAAAAACGCAACCAGAAAAUUGUCCUCCUGGAUAUUGGUGUCGUAGAAGUGAGUUGGUUAGGGAUGAUGAAACUGAUGAAGAAAAUUGUCCACCCGGGUACUGGUGCCGUUGAGUCAAAGAUUCACAGUGUCAACCGAGCACAAGUUGCUGAUCCAUUGUGUACAGAAAUUUACGCCAUUAUCGCAGUCUGGGGAUGCUACUGCUGAAACAAUACUCGCCAGAGAAUCAAGGGAACGGAGCAGUUAUCAUUAAAAUGUUUAGGUUUUAAAAGUUUGUUGUUCAACUAGUAAUUGGAAAUAAAUCUUCAUCAAAA